ACGCCGCAGAGGCCGAGCAGUUCGCCGCCUACCUCCGCGCCCAGCGCACCUACGUCACCCUCGUCGAGCGCUACAACCCGGGCAUGAACAUGGACGAGGAGGAGCGCGUGCGCUUGACGGCGCGGAGGGUCGGUAUGGACCUGCCAAAGGAGUUUAGCGACCGGUUGAACAACAAAUGAAGUACGAAUGGUUGAUGGUGGGUGUUGUGGGCUUGUCGGAUGUUUUCGAGUUUUUCCGCGAGGGAACUACAGUCCGGAGAUGGGGUGUACAAAAGACGACGACAGUCAGUGGGUUGAUGGCCAGUUACGGAGCUCGUUUGUACGAGAAGAUCUACGAACGGCCAUCAACUAGGAUGGAGGGAGAUUUUGGUCGAAUCAAGGAAGACCCCUUGAGGAUGCAAAAGAGCACAAGAUCGUGGGGCGGCACAACAAACCUUCCACCCUUGGGAGGAUGGCCAUGUGCCGUGUUUGUAAAUGUAACAUCAAGGGCGUUUGGGUGGGAAAGGGUUGGACGACAAAUAUCGCUGUGUAUAAGGGGCGCGGAGAACGUCUCCCAAACAGAUAGAGAGAACAAUAAGUCAAAUCACCACGAUUCAUUUUUAAAUACUUUGAAAGAUCUCAAGCCGUUCAAUAUCAUAUCUUCGUGCCAUGUCUAGCUAAUUCCCGGGUCGCAAACCCCCCCUAGAGUUUCUUGGAAGAAUAUAUACAAGAAGUGUAAACAAGAGUCGUCAUACGCAAAGGGGUAUCAACGU